AGAAGCAGAGAGGUGUGUAUGUCAGAUAGUGUUCAACGCUGUGUGGGUGCUAUGGUGUGUGACGUCUGUGUCGUAUUGCGUACACAGUGAUUACGUAUCGUGGAGCGUAGUAUGAAACUGUCGAAUUACGUUGUGCGCUUUUAACUUUGUGAACUCCGUGCAUUAAAUUUAAAGGUCGUUGUGGAGGGGCAGCCCACAGCCCCGGGACUCCCCCGGUCUCCCACGGCGCCCGCGCGCUCGCAGCACGCGCCGUCCGGCAGUCCGGAUAUGGACGACCCUUCCAGCAAAAGGCAGGCCACCAGAGUUUUCAAGAAGAGUUCGCCGAAUGGGAAGAUUACUGUAUAUUUGGGAAAAAGGGAUUUUGUUGAUCAUAUAACACACGUGGAUCCCAUAGAUGGGGUGGUACUUAUCGACCCAGAUUACGUUAAAGACAGGAAGGUGUUUGGUCAUGUUCUUGCUGCUUUUCGGUAUGGUCGUGAGGAUCUGGAUGUCCUAGGACUUACUUUCAGGAAAGAUUUGUACCUUGCAUCAGAACAGAUUUAUCCCCAGGAUAGCAGCACAUCAAAGAGGCCACUUACAAGACUGCAGGAGCGUUUAAUCAAGAAACUAGGACCAAAUGCAUAUCCGUUUUAUUUUGAACUACCUCCCCACUGUCCUGCUUCAGUAACUCUCCAGCCAGCACCAGGUGAUACAGGAAAACCUUGUGGUGUGGACUAUGAACUGAAAGCUUUUGUCGGAGAGUCUCAAGAUGAUAAGCCACAUAAGCGGAAUUCAGUACGGCUCGCCAUUCGGAAGAUUAUGUACGCACCAAGCAAACAGGGUGAACAGCCAUCUGUAGAAGUUAGUAAAGAAUUUAUGAUGAGCCCAAAUAAACUGCACUUAGAAGCAUCAUUGGACAAAGAGUUAUAUCAUCAUGGAGAAAACAUAGCUGUGAACGUUCAUAUAGCCAACAACUCAAAUAGAACAGUCAAGAAAAUAAAGGUUUCAGUGAGGCAGUUUGCAGAUAUCUGUCUAUUUUCAACGGCACAGUACAAAUGCACUGUAGCAGAAGCAGAAAGCGAAGCAUGCGUGGUGGGGCCAGGCUUCACCCUGUCGAAAGUGUUCUUGGUGAAGCCAUUACUGGCCAACAACAAAGAUAAACGUGGUCUGGCGCUGGAUGGACAGUUGAAGCAUGAGGGCACGAACCUCGCCUCAUCCACCAUAGAGGGCUGUCCCAUCGGACCAGGGUUCACCUUGAGCAAAGUGUUUGUGCUGACGCCCCUCCUAGCCAAUAACAAGGACAAGUGGGGCUUAGCUCUUGACGGACAGUUAAAACAUGAAGACACGAAUCUUGCCUCCAGCACUUUAGUUGCAGAUCCUUCCCAAAGAGAGAAUCUUGGAAUAAUUGUGCAGUACAAGGUCAAAGUGAAGCUCUGUCUGGGUGCACUUGGAGGAGACUUGAUUGCCGAGCUGCCGUUUAUUCUGAUGCAUCCUAAACCUGAAGAAGAGCCAGCACCAUCUACAGCCCGGCCAUCUCCAUCACAUGCAGUAAAGGAAGAUGGUGAAGAUGUUGUGCCUGUUGACACAAACCUUAUCCAACUUGAUACGGAAGGAAUAUGCCCUGAUCAAGAUGAUGAUAUAAUCUUCGAAGAUUUUGCAAGACUGCGAUUGAAAGGUGCAGAAACAGAUGCUUAAAAAUGGUCAUCGUUGGGGGGGGGGGGGGG